AUGGUGGGCGUGAGGACGAAGAUGGACCUUCCAGGUCCAGGGGGUCUCAGAAAGGGGGGUCCCCCCCAAACCCCUUCACGCUCAGACCGCUGGGGAGGGUACCGCCCCUUCCGAUGACCCCAAACCACCAUUGGUCACAGGGAAGAGCCAAGAACUAAUCAGCGUCGAGACCCCGGAGGCUGGGAAGCGGCGUAGCCAACCAGAGUUUGAGGCUGAGAGAGAAGGGCCAGGUAGCUCCGCCUCCAGGAAGAGGAAGUCGGAGGGAGCGGCAGGGGAGCAACAGACCCCAUAAAGGACCCCCGUCCAAAACCAAGCUCCCAACCCAGGAGCACCAGGAGCGCAGACUGGCUGCCGGGAGGCUCCACCAGGAGGACCCAGGAGAGAGCAGGGGGGGGAGGACAGAGGAGGAGGAUCCUCUAGCAGCAGCUCAGACGAUGGAGGUGCCCCUCCCACUGAGCCCCACCAGGCCGACCGAGACGGAGACCGACCCAGCUCCCGUCCCAAACCUUCCCCCUCCAAGAAGUACAACGGCAUGAAGGACAAGGCGGCCAAGGGUGGCGGCGCCCGCCCUGCGGGAUUCUGGGAGAUCCUGAGAAGAGGGCUAAGAUGGCAGCCAGCAGCUCGGAGGAGAGGGAGAGGGAGAGAGAGAGACCGACAGGUGGCAGUCGAUCCAAGGGCCAGAAGGAUGUGUGGUCCACUAUUCAGGCCCAGUGGCCCAAGAAGACCCUGAAGGAGCUGUUCUCUGACUCAGACACAGAGGCUGCUAAACUCCCCUCCUCCCCCUGGACCGGCCCAGUCCUCCUCAUCAGGCCUGGAGGAGAGGGAGAGCAGGGGGGAGGGAGACGAGGCAGGAGGAGGAGGCCUGGAGACGGAGGACCAUGACCCCUCAGAGCAAACCAGGAGCAGGAGAAGAGGAGGAGUGAGCAGGAGGAGUUCCCCUCCAGCGGAUCUAACUCAGUCCUCAACACCCCCCCCACCACCCCAGAGUCCCCCUCCAUGGGGGGUAGUGGUAGUGGGACCAUGGAGCAGGGGUCUGGAAACUGGCUCUAACCGGACUCAGCCCUCCUGUCCUCCCCUCUCUGUAACCCCUGCUCUGGGUACAACGCCCUCCUCUGAUCCCCUGGCUCUGGGGCACCCCAAUCCCCUGGCAGAGGAAGGCGGCGGCGGGGGGUCGCAGUGA